AUGGAGAUCAAACUGAUGACCAUUUUGUUAAUAGAAGUGACUUUAGCAAUAAUAAGCCAUGAAGCUUUGGCAAAUGGCUUCCUUUCCAGGCCGAACUCCCAGGAAGCUGCAAGCAGUAAUAAUCACCGCAACACCAAUGCAGUUAAAAGCAUUCGGAGUGAAGAUGGUGAUAUCAUUGAUUGCAUCGACAUCUAUAAGCAGCCAGCUUUUAACCAUCCUGCUCUAAAAAAUCACAAGAUCCAGAUGAAACCAAGUUAUGUUCCAACAAAGGACAUAACUUCCUACAAAGCAAAUACAGCUAAAACAUCUAAACAAAGAAAAGGAGAGGUUCCCAUUGCUUUGACAACACAACUGUGGCACAGAAGUGGAAGCUGUCCUGAGGGGACGGUUCCGAUUAGGAGAAUGCAGAAGAAGAGCCCAUAUGAAGCAAGGAAGCCUAGCUUCUUCCAGCAUAGCAAAAAAUUCAACAUCAGCACGCCAAGGGCCAAGGGAGAUAUUUAUGUCUGGAAUCCUCGAGUUGAAUUGGAUGAUGAGUUCAGUACUUCUCAAGUUGCUCUCAAAAGUGGCUCUCACAACAAUUUUGAAGCAGUUGAAGCAGGAUGGGCGGUUAAUCCAGGGCUCUAUAAGGACAGGCAGACAAGAUUUUUUGUGUAUUGGACAGAUGAUUCUUCAAGAGAAACUGGAUGCUUUGAUCAAUUUUGUCCUGGUUUCGUACAAGUCAACAAGGGGAUAGCACUUGGUGCUGCACUCCUUCCCAACUCGACCCGUGGUCAACUGGCAGUCCCCAUGAUUGUCUACAUUUUUAAGGAUCUAAAAACAAACAACUGGUGGAUAAAUUAUGGAGAGAAAACUAAUGUAGGAUAUUGGCCUGCUGAACUCUUUACUUCGUUAAAUCAUUAUGCUCAAACUGUUCAAUGGGGUGGUGAAGUAUACAGCGCCAAUCUUGAGACGUUUGGGACUCGUCCACACACCGCAACACAAAUGGGAAGUGGGGAAUAUGGUUACCCACACUACGACGUGGGAGUAAUAAAGAGAAUUCGGGUUCUUGAUAAUUCCCUGGCGUUGAAGUACCCAGAAUUCACAGCAUCCUUCUCGGAUGAGUAUGAUUGUUAUAGUUACCAGCUUUUUAGGGGGCGCCUGGAUCCUGAGUUCUAUUAUGGAGGACCUGGAAGAAAUUGGAAGUGCCCUUAG